AUUUGAUUUAUUUUUAUUUGUUGUUUCUUGUUUUGUUCCUUCGUUUGCAAUCAAUCGAUGCCAAUUUGCUCAAUUUCUAUUUUCUUUUCUCUAAAAUUCAUUCUCAACACAAAAGCACUCGUGUCAAAUGAUAUUCGUGUUUCUCAUUGACACAAGCGUGUCAAUGGAGCAAGUGCUCAGCACAUCGCUGCCCAGCUCGGCGCCCAAAAGACGAGAUGAGCCAGCACCCAUCAUGGAAAGCAUAUUUGGAGAAGCCAAGGGGCGGGUGAAUCGCCGGUGGCAACGCAAAGAUGUUGGGACCACAGCGGCAAGCAGCAGUCCGCACGACUACACACGGUUGGACUGCGCCAAAAGCAUAGUCGAGCAGGUGGUCGGCAACAGGCAGAGCUUCGAGCAGGACAAAUACAUGCUAGUGACGUACAGUGACGGGCCCAACGGCUGCAUUCGGUCAAAUUUGAAAGACUCUAGGGCAACAUUGCUAACUGAGCUCCGCAAAAUCGAGGCCAAGGACAAAUUCCAUGGCGGUGUGGCCCUAACAUCCCUGUUCAACCAGCUAUCGUUGAUGCGCAGUUCCUACGACAUGGACACGUACGGGUAUGGAAGGUAUCCCGUGCUCAACGAGCCCGUUCACAUUGUCUGGCUGACGGACGGCGCCAGUGUGGUGACGGCUACAGGCAUCCAGAAUAAACUUAACCUUCCGGUGAACAACACGCCCUGGGUUGAGGCAUACGUGGAGCCAUUCCGGUGGGACCAGAGACUAAUACUGGUGCUCCUACACGAGCAGGGGGACGGUCAAUUGUGUACGGGCAAGCCCAACAGCAGCGAAAACACGCUUCUGCCCAUGUGCACGGUGAUGGGGGGCUCGGUGCACCAUGUGGGGACGAUGCUCCAGUGCCAGCGGUUUGUCGAGUCGUUUGCGCCAUCCAAGGCCAUCCCCAACUCGGUGCGCUCGCAGGGGCUGGCAGCGGCGCUUCCCGGCGUGUUGGUCAAUUUUGAGCGCAUCGACGACAACCCGGCCAACCAUGGAAACUCCGAUUUGCGUGUUUUGCUCCAUGCGCCGCCCAACUCCACCAGCUCCAUGGUCUUGCCUCCGCCAACCGAGGCGGCAGGUGGUGUAGUGCCAGCCAACAACACAAAUGCCAGGGGGCCGGGUGCUGGCAUCAGUAGCAACAGCAGUUACGGAAACAGCGCAGGUGUCACAGCCCUGAUCAAUGGACACCUAGGCUACUUUCCCAUUCCUGAGUCGUUCUGGCCCGAGACAAUCAGCCCACCGCGAGCGCCCGGCCAAGCCGCUGGCGGCAGUCACAGCGCACCGCCAGCUGCUGGAAACAACAGCAACUGGCAGAUCCAACGGCGCAGCGCGCACCCGACUUUGGGAUACAGCCAAGUCAGCACUGAGUGGACAGUGCCGCCGCAGUUCCCGUUUGACAAGUACCAGAUCGACACGCACUGCAACGUAGCUCAGAAGCUUCUCGCAGCCACACAGGCAGCGCAAAACGCGCACGAGUCGCAGGGCGGCAAGGGACCGGCAAAGCCCGUCUGCUGGCCGGUCUUUGUCAACGGGUCGUACACGACACCCAAGAACUCAGGCUUCCCCUUUGGAAUCCUGCGAUCCAACACGGCGCGCACAGCGGUCAACCUCUACGUGCUGCCGUACAACUACACGGCGCUGUGGAAGAUCCUGGGCAAGCUGGAUGCGCAGGUGCAGGGCCAGAACUCCUCUCGCGCUGCUGUGGCCAUGUCGGCGGGCUGGCGGCGCGAGUUUGAAGAGUACCUGCAGCACACGCCCGGAUACUACGCCAUCCCGCUGAAGCGCGCUUUUAAUCUGUUUGGCAUCCCGCACGGUGUUUUCCCAAAGACUUUUGGGCAGAGUCCCGGCAUGCGCAACAUCACUGCCUACUCGCUCAGAAUACACAAUGUCGCGCGCAAGGACUGGGACCGCCUGCAUCCAGGAAGUGGAAUCGAGGGCGGUCAAUCCGGCGCCCAGGCGCUGAGCGAGCAGGCGGCCAACCUGCAGCAAGCGCUUCUGAGCUUCAGCCCAGCGUCGGAUGCCAGCCACCUGGUGGCCAACGCCUUUGACGUCGACCGCGCGCACUGCCUUGCGACGCUCAGCGCCAUGCGCCGUGUUUUUGUACGCGAAUGCAUGGCCGGACAGGGUGCCUACUUCCGAGCCAACGCUAUUGUCCCUCCUUCCUCGGGUUCCUUGGAGACGCCGGAUGCCUGGGCUAUGGAUAUUGACGGCGACGGGCACAGCGUAGCUUCGCUGUACUUGCCGCCAGUGGCCAGCAUGGAGUACGCGCUUUACGGCGGGAUGGACAUGGCAAAGCCGUCGCCGCUCGGUGGCCCCGUUGACGUGGCCAGCGAGGACGACCGCGAUUCGCGCCAUUCCGUUCCAAUUCGCAUCAUGGGCGAGUUUGGGGCCGCCAUGCAUCUGCUGAAGGCCCACGAGGCGCGCGACCCGCUGUUGGACGAGCGCAUCGCCAUGCAGCAGCGCCGCAAUAUGUUCGGAAAUCCCUAUCGCCGGCCACCGCGCGAGCCGCGUGGCCCUACGAAUAACAUUUUGGCGCGCAACCCUCAGCUCUCGGCUAUGUUUGGCGCAUCGCGCUCACAGCCCAAGUCGCCAGUUACGCUGCAGGCCGGUGGCGGCCCUGGUGGCGGACAGAGAGCUGAUUUGGACGACGAGGCAGCUGCCUCUGCCGGGCUGGAGCUGGAGAACGAGGCCGAGGUUAAUGAGCUAGCCAUGGACAAGAUGGUUGAGGACUUGCCUCUUGAUGUCGACGAAACGAACGCUGGCAUGUCUGGCAGCUGCAAUACUGGCGGGCAGUUCUGGUGGCUCAAGCGCAGGGAAGUUCCGCGGCGCAGGUCCAUCAACAAGCCAUGGCGCAAGAAUGACGACUCGUGGAAUGUUAAUCCGUGGGACAUGCAGCCAGAAGACACCAACGGCAUUGGGAUAGAACCCGGGUCGCUGACGUACACUGCAGACUCGUUUAUCAUUAACAAGUGGGCGCCGCAAAGCGCUACUCCUGUCAGCAGUGCUGCUGCUAGUUUGACUCAGUCGCUGGUGGCUGCGUCGCCUGAUAUGGACGCUGCUGAGGGCCAUAGUUCUUUCAAAGCGGAAUUACUGGAAUUGGACGCUGUACAACAAUCGCCGACAUCAAGCGAUAUGGUUGGUGUGCCCAAAAACAGCGAUCAAAAUCCUUCUUUUUCGCCCCAGCAGUCAGCUGAUGACACGGAAUCGUUGAUGGUCAUGGACCCUCCCGCUAGCGACCCCGAUCCAGCAGCACCAAAAUCAUUAGCUUUUAAUACAGAGGUCUCGAGACCAGUUGCGGCUAAUCCCCAAGAGCCACAACUGCAUGUGCUUCUACCUAUGCCAUUGCCAGAGUCAACACAAGAGCCAGCAAAAGAGCCGAUACCAAACCUAGCACCAGAGCCAGCACCAGAACCGGUGUCCGUGUCUGUGCCUGCGUCUGUGCCAGCUCCCGUGCGCAAAAUCAACGUGCCUGAGGAGAAGGCCUGGUUCCUGAAACACAUCAAGGCCGACCCGGCGCACUACGAUGAAGAUGCUAUUUUGGAGCGGUUUACGGAGCUCCAGGCCAACACAACAUUGGGAAAGCCACAGCUCAAAAUAAUUGUCACUGCCGCAAUUAACACUGCCAAAGCAAUGCGCCGCAAACAAUUAGUCUUGCGACUGGAAGAAAACAUUGGCAAAUCGUGAUUUUUAUAUAUAAUUGCACUUGAUAAACAUCAAUAUUUGACAUGCGUGAGAAAUAACAUAUUGGUGGUAAGCUAUGACGUAAUAGGGCAAUACUAUUGAUCACAAUUAUCCCCUCAAUUAUAUUUUUGUAAGUUUAUUGUUGGGUUAAUAUAUUAUUUGAUGGCCUG